AUGGAACAUCAAUCAGAUAUGGGGGCGUACGGAGAAAAUCCGAACGUGCAAAACAGUGGAAAUUAUAUUACUAUAAUUCCCGUGGAUUAUUCAAGGCGAGGAUAUCCUAUGCAGGCUGAAUAUCAGUAUAAUGAAUUCAGAUCUCGUGAGGAAUACUACAGUGUUCAGAGCCAGAAGCUACAAGCAGAAGUGAAUGCCCACUUAUAUUCCGUGUCACAAAGACUACCGCACUUAUCGUACAGUCCACUGGGCAGACACAGUGAUUGGGACAAACAUGAUCCACACAAACCUUUACAGCCUGACUCUAAAGAGAGUAAUAGUUCGGACUCCUUGGAGAAAAGUGUUAUGGGGUCGAACCUCAGUAGCUGUUCCAACCAGACGGGGUCGAGCAGCAUCGCAGCAGGCUCCUUCAGUACUACGGAACCGAUUACCAGUGGAGGCAGUUCUUCUAGUGCUAUAUCACCGCCUUUACCAGGUUCAUCAGGUAGUACGGCCUCCUCAUCAACAGUAUCCUCAAAUCCCGUGACCUGCAUCUACCUGAUGUCCCGCACCGCAGUUAUGAUGGAGAUGAGCUCCGAAGAAGUUCCCUCUCAUGUGACAGCAGCCAGGUUCCUCAAUGCGCUGCUGGCGACUGAAGAGUUAGGACUGUCGCAGCCAAGCACCAGGAGUUUGGCGGCUAAUGUGUUUGCGUUGUGGAUGUGUAGUCCUUUAUUAGAAAUUCAAUUAAAACCCCAUCACUGUCCAUGGAGGUUCUGGGCGAACUGGCAGAAACUAGUUCAUCGUUACGGCCACGGAUCGGAAUCCAGACUGAAUCGCGACCAGCCUGUCUUGCGAUUACAAAGAAACGUGUUCUUUCCUAAGCACCUGGAAGAGGGCAUCAAGGACUCUAGGAUCCAAGAACUGCUAUACGAGGAAGCUCGCCACAACGUGGUGACUGGGCGGUAUCCUUUAGAAAGUGCUCAGGCUGUCAUGCUGGGAGGUCUGCAGGCCAGGAUACAGCUGGGACCUUAUGAUCCUCAUCGACAUACUGCUAGGUUCUUUAGGGCCCAACAAGACAAGUACCUGCCGAAGCACGCCCGGUCCGGGCGCUGGGCGGCGCUGCUGCCGGCGGGGCGCAAGGGCAGCCCGGAGGCGCGGCUGCUGGAGCAGGCGCAGCGCCCGCCCGCCGCGCCGCCGCGCAAGCUGCGCCACAAGUACCUCGCGCACACACGGACACUGCCUACUUAUGGGGCGGCGUUCUUCCAAGGUCAGAUCGAGCAGCCGGUCCGCAGCCUGACGAGCCUGCUGACUCACGAGGAUAUACCAGUACUCGUCGCCGUCAACUCCAACGGAGUUUACGUUAUUGAUGAUACUGAGAGCACUGUUCUCUUGGGUCUACUAUACGAAGAGCUGUCUUGGGAUUUCGGCAUUCCAUCAGACGACAAUGAGGACUGUCUGCCGUGUCUGUUCCUGCAGUUCAUGGUUGUGGAAAAUGGAUUAAGAGUCUCCAAGAUAUUACAGGUAUUCUCAAAGCAAGCGAUGAUGAUGGACACCCUUAUAGAGCACUUCGCUGGGGAGUAUAGGAAGCGACUCGGACAGGAGACUCCUAGUGACCAUGCUAAUUAUGACUAUCAUUCAGAUUCAGGCAGCAUAUCCCUCCCUCCUCUAUCCCGUCCGGACUCCCCACAACGUCGGCUUGCCAACAAGCUAUCCCGCCUAGCUUUAGCCACACACGACGGCAGAGGCAAUCUAUUAGGCGGAGCUGGUGAUUGGAACACUGAUCUCAACUAUCCAAGACCUUCGUGGAUACUACCCAAGCAUUAAGGGCUUAGGGAGAGAAUAGAAGUUAUUGCUGAAGAGUCAGGAUCUAAUGUAACAAACAGGGAAGAGAAUCUCAUUCGUUAUGAUGUUCAAGAACAAAAAAGAUUCUGCCAGAAUAUCCCUUCCCUAUCCAGGCCGGACUCCCCACAACGUCGGCUUGCCAACAAGCUAUCCCGCCUAGCUUUAGCCACACACGAUGGCAGAGGCAAUCUAUUAGGCGGAGCUGGUGAUUGGAACACUGAUCUCAACUAUCCAAGAUCUUCGUGGAUACUACCCAAGCAUUAGGGGCUUAGGGAGAGAAUCGAAGUUAUUGCUGAAGAGUCAGGAUCUAAUAUAACAAACAGGGAAGAGAAUCUCAUUCAGUAUGAUCUAGCUAGAGGAAUUUAAAAAAUGAAAGUGUGGUAAAAAGUAAACAAAAAAAUGUGUACUGUUGUGAAAAACACAAGAAAAGUUUUUGUUGAUGUUUGUACCUAUGUAUGAUUUAUUUGUAAAAAUAAUACAAGCUGUUGAUUUGCAUCCGUGCCAUAGCAAAGGACGUAAUUAUACUA